AGCACACAGAGGGAUAGAUCUGCUGCUCAUACCUCUUUCCAGAUCGAUCUUUAUGAUUCCCAAUCGUUUCUGCUAGUCUCCGCUUCUCCGUCGAUCUACCAGUGAGAAUUAGCUUCAAGAGAAGAGAAAUGGCUGCCGGUGGAUUUGUGAGCCGAGCAUUCGAGUCGAUGCUCAAGGAGUGCGCCGGAAAGAAGUAUCCCGAUCUUCAGAAGUCAAUUCAGGCUUAUUUAGAUGGUACAAAGGAAGUCAAACAGCACCCUCUACCUAGUGAGCCAAAUCAAGCGGUAUCUUCUGCUGGAGAUGGAAGUUCACUUGAAACUGAAAGUGGUGCGGAAAAAAGUGGAACUGAAACAGAUGGAUCAAGCACAGCUCCACAGACAACUGAGGAGACAGAGAAUGUUGAUAAGCCAGUAGUUUUGAGUAGAACCAUCGCAAUUGCCUUGGCAAAUGCUGGAUACACAUUGGAAGGUGCUGAGGUGGAGCUUGUUUUGAAUCCUCUUCGGCUUGCAUUUGAGACUCAAAAUUUGAAAAUCCUUGAACUUGCUUUGGAUUGUCUGCAUAAACUAAUUGCCUAUGAUCAUUUGGAAGGAGAUCCUGGUUUAGAUGGUGGGAAAAAUGUACCUCUAUUUACAGAGAUCCUGAACAUGGUCUGUGGUUGUGUAGAUAAUUCAUCUCCUGAUAGUACAAUACUUCAAGUGCUUAAGGUGCUUCUUACUGCUGUGGCAUCCACAAAAUUCAGAGUCCAUGGGGAACCUUUGCUUGGAGUUAUCAGAGUGUGCUAUAAUAUUGCUCUCCACAGCAAGAGUCCAGUAAAUCAAGCAACGUCCAAGGCAAUGUUGACACAGAUGAUCAGUAUCAUAUUUAGGAGAAUGGAGACUGAUCCGGUUCAGGUCUCCUCUUCAUCUGUUCCUUCUGAUCAUACAGCAGCUGCUUCUGCAGAGAAUUCUAGCUCCACUGCUGAAAAAAAUGGGAUAGAAAUGACUUUAGGAGAUGCACUUAGUCAGGUUAAAGGCACCACUAUUGCAUCUGUUGAGGAAAUCCAUAAUCUUGCUGGUGGUGCUGACAUCAAGGGUUUAGAGGCUGCACUUGACAAAGUGGUCCAUGUUGAGGAUGGUAAAAAGAUUACACGAGGGAUUGACCUUGAGAGCAUGAGUAUUGGAAAACGUGACGCUUUACUAGUAUUCCGCACGCUCUGCAAGAUGGGUAUGAAGGAAGACACUGAUGAGGUAACUGUGAAGACGAGAAUUUUGUCCCUUGAACUUCUGCAGGGCCUGCUGGAAGGGGUUAGCAAUUCAUUCACAAAGAACUUUCACUUCAUUGACUCUGUGAAGGCAUACCUUUCCUAUGCUUUGUUGCGAGCUUCAGUUUCACAGUCUCCUGUCAUAUUUCAGUAUGCUACUGGGACCUUCUCUGUGCUUCUGUUGCGAUUCAGGGAAAGUCUUAAAGGUGAAAUUGGUGUCUUCUUUCCCUUGAUAAUUCUACGGUCGUUAGAAAGCUCAGAAUUUCCAAUCAAUCAUAAAAUGAGUGUUCUUCGGAUGCUGGAGAAAGUUUGCAAGGAUCCUCAGAUGCUUGUUGACAUUUAUGUGAACUAUGACUGCGAUCUCGAGGCACCAAACCUCUUUGAACGCAUGGUUACAUCUCUAUCUAAAAUUGCUCAAGGGACACAACAUACAGAUCCGAACUCUGUUGCUGUAUCCCAGACAGCGUCACUUAAGGGUUCAUCGAUUCCAUGCCUUGUCAAUGUGCUGAAAUCACUGGUUGAUUGGGAGAAGUCUCGAAGAGAAUCGGAAGAGUUGAGACAAAACAGCCAAUCUCUCGAGGAAGAGUCAACUAGAAAAUCUGCUGAGAUGAGUGGGAGGGAAGAUUUAAUGAGUAACUUUGAGAAGGCAAAAGCUCAUAAAACUACAAUGGAGGCUGCCAUCUCUGAGUUCAAUAGGAAUCCAGUAAAAGGUGUAGAGCAUCUGAUAUCAAAUAAGUUGGUGGAAAACAAUCCUGCUUCUGUUGCUCAAUUUCUAAGAAAUACUCCCAAUCUAGACAAGGUGAUGAUUGGUGAUUAUUUGGGCCAACAUGGGGAGUUUCCCCUUGCUGUCAUGCAUGCUUAUGUGGAUUCAAUGAAAUUUUCAGAAAUGAAGUUUGAUACUGCAAUUCGUGAAUUUCUUAAAGGAUUCAGGCUCCCUGGAGAGGCUCAAAAAAUAGAUCGAAUCAUGGAAAAGUUUGCAGAACGAUAUUGUGGAGAUAAUCCAGGUUUAUUCAAGAAUGCAGACACUGCAUAUGUUCUUGCAUAUGCUGUAAUAAUGUUGAAUACUGAUGCCCAUAACCCUAUGGUCUGGCCUAAAAUGUCAAAAUCAGAUUUUGUACGCAUAAAUGCCACGAAUGAUCCUGAAGAGUGUGCCCCCAGAGAACUCCUUGAAGAGAUCUAUGAUUCUAUCUUGAAAGAAGAGAUCAAAAUGAAGGAGGAUAGUGCUGAUAUUGGGAAAAGUAGCAGGCAGAGGCCAGAAGGUGAAGAGAGAGGCGGUCUUAUUAGUAUUCUUAAUUUGGCUCUCCCUAAGAUGAAGUCAUCUACAGAUGCUAAGUCAGAGAGUGAAGCAAUUAUUAAACAGACACAAGCUAUAAUUCGGAAUCAAGGAGUAAAGAGAGGAGUUUUCUACACUUCACAACAGAUUGAACUUGUACAGCCUAUGGUUGAAGCUGUUGGGUGGCCAUUGCUUGCUACUCUCUCUUUUAUGAUGGGGGAAGUUGAUAAUAAACCAAGAGUUGUUCUCUGUAUGGAAGGAUUUAGAGCUGGAAUACAUAUUACACAAAUUCUGGGAAUGGAUACCAUGCGAUAUGCCUUUUUAACAUCUCUGGUCAGGUUUACUUUCUUGCAUGCGCCAAGGGAAAUGCGCAGUAAAAAUGUGGAAGCAUUGCGCACUCUUCUGACUCUAUGUGAGUCAGAACCAGACUCCCUUCAAGACACAUGGAACGCAGUUCUAGAAUGUGUUUCUCGUCUUGAAUUCAUUACUACAACCCCUGCUAUUGCUGCAACUGUCAUGCAUGGAUCAAAUCAGAUCUCCAAGGAUGCUGUUGUUCAGUCCUUGAAAGAGUUGGCUGGGAAACCUGCUGAAAAAGUUUUUUGGAACAGUGCCAAACUACCCAGUGAAGCUGUUGUGGAGUUCUUCAAUGCGCUUUGCGGUGUAUCAGCUGAAGAGCUGAAACAAACUCCAGCUCGUGUUUUCAGUUUGCAAAAGCUUGUUGAGAUCAGCUAUUACAAUAUGGCUCGUAUACGAAUGGUCUGGGCUAGAAUAUGGUCUGUCCUUGCAAACCAUUUUAUUUCUGCUGGGAGCCAUCACGAUGAGAAAAUCGCUAUGUAUGCGAUAGAUUCUCUCAGGCAGCUUGGAAUGAAGUAUUUGGAGCGUGCUGAAUUGGCCAGUUUCACUUUCCAAAAUGACAUUCUCAAACCCUUUGUUAUUCUCAUGAGAAAUAGUAGAAACGAAACCAUAAGGCAUCUAAUUGUUGACUGCAUUGUACAAAUGAUAAAAUCUAAAGUUGGAAGCAUAAAGUCUGGAUGGCGUAGUGUUUUUAUGAUUUUCACAGCUGCUGCAGAUGAUGAUUUGGAAUCAAUUGUUGAAAGUGCAUUUGAGAAUGUUGAACAGGUUAUACUAGAACACUUCGAUCAGGUAGUAGGAGAUUGCUUUAUGGACUGCGUCAAUUGCCUUAUCCGGUUUGCCAACAACAAAUGUUCCCAUCGUAUAAGUUUGAAGGCCAUUGCCCUUCUCCGUAUAUGUGAAGAUCGUCUAGCAGAGGGGCUUGUACCUGGUGGGGCUUUGAAGCCAAUUGAUAUAGAUGGUGACUCAGCUUUUGAUGUAACUGAGCAUUAUUGGUUCCCAAUGCUGGCUGGUUUGUCUGAUCUAACAUCAGAUCAAAGACCUGAAAUUAGAAGCUGUGCACUUGAAGUUUUGUUUGACUUGUUGAAUGAGAGGGGUAGCAAGUUCUCAACAUCAUUUUGGGAGAGCAUUUUUCAUCGUGUCUUGUUUCCCAUUUUUGAUCACGUAAGAUUUGUUGGAAAGGAGAGCUCAAUUUCUUCUGGGGAUGAAUGGCUUCGUGAGAAUAGCAUUCAUUCACUUCAGUUGCUAUGCAACCUGUUUAACACUUUCUACAAGGAUGUAUGCUUUAUGUUGCCACCACUCUUGAGUUUGCUGUUGGACUGUGCUAAACAAACAGAUCAGGCUGUUGUUUCAAUUUCUCUGGGUGCAUUAGUGCAUCUUAUAGAGGUUGGAGGACACCAAUUCAGUGAGGGUGACUGGGAUAUGUUGUUGAAGAGCAUAAGAGAAGCAUCAUACACAACACAACCACUUGAGCUACUUAACGCUGUAGGAUUUGAGAGUCUUAAGAACCCUUCAGUUGUGAUUAGAGAUUUUGAAGUUAAUAAAUAUGGCAGAGUAGAUAAUCAUCAGCUUGAUAAAAGUGAUGGUGGCACUGCAAGAACUAUUAAUGCAUUGGUCUCAGAGGAAUACAGUCAAGAAUCUGCGUUGCAAUCUAUUACAGAUGGUUCUGAAGGUGUUCCAUCACCUUCAGGUCAAUCUCAGAAUUCUGCUGAAGCUGGGGGCGUACAAAGAAGUCAAACUAUAGGUCAAAGAAUUAUGGGAAACAUGAUGGAUAACCUCUUGCUCAGAAGUUUCACCUCAAAAUCUAGGAAUCGGACAGCAGAGAUUUCAGCACCCUCUUCUCCAACUAAGGUUCCUGAGUCAGUUGAACCUGAAAUCAAAGACGAGGAGGAAAGUCCACUGAUGGUAACUGUUAGGGGCAAGUGUGUCACUCAGUUAUUACUUCUUGGUGCCAUUGAUAGCAUUCAGAAAAAGUACUGGAGUAAUUUGAAAGCAUCGCAGAAGAUUGACAUUAUGGAUAUCUUGUUUUCUUUCUUAGAGUUUGCUGCUUCUUAUAAUUCAUAUUCCAACCUCAGAAUGCGUAUGCACCAUAUUCCGGCUGAAAGGCCACCUCUAAAUAUUCUCCGCCAGGAGUUAGCAGGAACCUCCAUAUAUCUGGAUGUCCUACAGAAAACAACUUUGGGGUUUAAUAGUGAUAAUGAACAACUCUCUGAUGCUGAAAAGAAGCUGCAAGGAAUAGCAGAAGACAAACUGGUCUCUUUCUGUGAAAAGGUACUUAGGGAUGCAUCUGAUCUUCAGUCAAAUGUAGGGGAAACUACUAACAUGGAUGUUCAUAGAGUUCUGGAGUUGCGCUCUCCAAUCAUUGUUAAGGUGCUUAAAGGCAUGUGUUUUAUGAACAAUAAGAUCUUCAGGAGACACCUAAGAGAGUUCUAUCCUUUGCUUACAAAACUUGUUUGCUGUGAUCAGAUGGAUAUCCGUGGAGCAAUUACUGAACUUUUUAGGGCGCAGUUGAAAGCACUCCUACCAUAAUUAUUCUUGUAAGCUAUAUUUGUCAGCAAUUUUCGACCUCACUGCACAUAGCGUAGCUGAUUGGAUCAAUUCUCAUCAUAUUUUUUGUGGGAUUAACAAUGCCAAUAUAUAAGGAUCUGUAGCAUCUUUUAAUGAAAGAAUGUAGAUGUUUGUGAUUGACUAUACUCUUUAUAGUCUCUGAUUAUUUUUGCCAGUAGGAUAGAAUUGCGACCCAUUCAGAAGUCAAUGACCCAAGUUUUGUACUAAGAUUUUAAUAAUCCUAUUUAUUAUUG